CCAAAACAGUAGAGCAGCAAUUAGGUACAGACUAUGUGAGAACAAACUCAAAAUCAAUUUUCAUUAAACCGGUUUUCAAAGCUUCCAAAACUCACCAACCGAUUACUUUGAGAACGAACCAAAUUAAACCGGAAUUUAACUGAUUCGUCAAAUGGUCUUUAACUCAACAACUCUCUCUCACACUCUUGUAUAAAGUUUUGAGCUUUAAGUCUCAGAGUCAGGUUUUGGUGGGUUAAUUCUGGUAGACAAGAAUCAAACAAACAAUGGGAGACGAAGCAAAGAUCUUCACUCUUUCAGAAGUUUCAGAGCAUAAUCAAGCUCAUGACUGUUGGAUUGUCAUCAAUGGAAAGGUGUACAAUGUGACCAAGUUUCUUGAAGACCAUCCAGGUGGGGACGAUGUUCUCUUGUCUUCAACAGGUAAGGAUGCAACGGAUGAUUUUGAGGACGUGGGUCACAGCGAGAGUGCAAGAGAAAUGAUGGAGCAGUACUACGUAGGAGAGAUUGAUCCAACAACAAUACCAAAGAAAGUCAAAUACACACCUCCUAAACAGCCUCACUACAAUCAAGACAAGACCUCUGAAUUCAUAAUCAAGCUCCUCCAGUUCCUCGUACCCCUUGCCAUUCUUGGUUUAGCAGUCGGAAUCCGUAUCUACACCAAAUCAGGGUAGGCUUCUUUUUUUUCUGAGCAUUACUUCCUUAUAUCUUAUAUAUAGAGAGAAAGAUUCAAGUCUUUUGAAAAGACAAAUCUGAAAGUCUCUCCCUUUGUUAUUGUCUCUUCCCAUAUUUUGCUGUUUGAAUGUAUUUUGGAUAAUUUCUUAUCUAUUGUGGUGUAACUGCAUAUAAACAACAGUCUUGUUGGUGUUUUUGCCUUAUGCAACUAAUGAACAUCUCAUCUAUAUUUCAGAUUCUGAAACCGAAGUUAUGACUAAUAAGUGAUCUGUUUUGAAAGUCUGGUUUAGUAUUGUUUGAGAUCUGUAGAAGAAAAGUAACCAAGGAACUAUCAAAACAAGGCCAUGAUCUUACUAAUUGAAUGCUUAAGAGAACACUUAAUUAACUUUGAGAAAAGGAGAAACAAAAACAACAGAUUACGAAUUCCAAAGAGAAAGAGACGUUUGUUUUGGCAGUUACUUGAUAGAGUGUGUGGCAGUUAGUGACUUGAGCUCACAAAAACAUAUCCACACGAAGAAUCCAAAAACUCUUCUGCAACUGUAGGACCCUCUUUUUGUACCUCUUUACCGCUUUGGCCGCAAGAAGUCGCAACCGCAGACACAAAGUUCGAUACUUGUAACUUCGAGAGCAAUAAAUUUCAUUUAAGUAAAGAUUGGAAUGGAUUCUGUGGCAAGUUGACAACUAUGGACUGUUUCAUUCAAAACGUUGUCGUGUGUAGACUCAAAUCAAUACAAUCAGAAAACGAAUCUUAUGACAAGCAAAGACGCGACGAAGUUUCGAUGAUUGAUCAAAAGACGAUCACCAUAAUGAUGAUGAUGAUGAUGAUAUGUAGUGAGUGGGUACGAAUUACAUAUUUAAGAUAAUAUAGUGGGCACAAAUCUCACAGAGUGGAAAGUACAAUGGACUCACACAAGAGCAAGAGAAAGAGAAAGAGAAUCUUUUUCUAACACUUUUGAUUUUAGUGAGAAGACAGAGACAAAACAAAGACCACUAUGAGACACUAUCCAUAUCCAUAACGAACAGCUUCUCUGUCUCUCUAUUAUCAGUAUACAAUUGUGUAUAUAUAGACAUGUAUUACCUACCUGUCAUUGUGAUGUUAUAUGUCUGAAGAACACAACACAUGGACCAUAAUGAUGAUGAUGAUAAGAACAAGAACUUAAGAUGAAGAGAACAAAAAAGAGAAGGAUAAGUCUUUAUUGA